AACACCGACCGAGGCUGAGCGGAUCCUGUGACCUCCUCCUCCCGGCAGUCUGUUCAAGAUGGCCGCCUGAGUGGACAAUUCACACAUCCUUACUAAAACUACUCCAACAGCUAACUCUCCUCAACCCAAGAGGAUGAGACGACGGUACAGGCGACGGUCGCUCCGGUUCUAACACAACGGACGAUUGUUGUUGUUGUUGUUGUCGGGAGUUAUGGAGUAAACAGAAACAAACAACCUCGAGAGCUGGAAUUGGAGGGGCGUUAACGGGCCCUGUGUUUUAACCCAGCAUGGACAGCUUCUUCAAGGCAGCUGUAUGUGAUCUGGACAAACUGCUCGACGACUUUGAGCUCAAUACUGAGGAACUCGAAUGCAAAUCUGUUUUCCUGAAGCCGUCUGUGUACCCCUUCUCCUCACUGGGCUCUCAGUGUUUGUCCUCAGAGGCGUCCACUGUCCCACCAAACCUCCCUGACCUCAACUCUCUUCAUUACGGUUCUGCCACCGGCUGUCUCGACCGCUCCGGGAGCCAAAACCGCAGCACCGCUGACGACAGAGAGGUCAAAGGUCAGCCCCUCACCGCAGUGGACCUCCUCUCCUCUGUGGACCGCAGGCCAGCUAAAAGUUCUGCCCCUCCCUGCCCCGACAGAGCUCUGAAGCCGGUGUGCGACCUUGUGAACGACACAAGCUCGGCCAUCCUGGUCCGAGCCAACAGCCACGAUGCUUUCAGCGAGCUGGACGUGGUGGAAAAGCAAAUGGAGGAGGAGGAGACGCUGCUUGUGGACUUUGACAGCCCUGUGGUUACCGUACACGGAGAGGAGCAAGGACUGCCGAGCCAAAGUGCCGGUAGAGACGCCAAGGAGGAGCGAGCCUCUGCGGGGAAAGACGAGCUGCUGGGUUUAGAUUCCCACGAGCAGAGCGGCGAGUACUCGGCCUCGCUCAGUCUGCUUGACGUCAUUCUUCCUGCUGCAGUGGAGCGAGGCUGUGAGUCCAGUGAUGAUUCACUGUCACCAAGGGCCACUGAGUCAGCUGACAAAGAGGAGAGGGACUGUGAGGAGGCAGCUCGCACAAACCAAGUGGUGGUUAACUCCUUAGACCACUGUGAACCGCAGGGCACUCCGCCUAUUGAUAGCAUUAAAGAAACAACAACAACGACCUCAGCGAAUAAAGAGGAUGAGUCACAAGAAGCCUCAGAUAGAGGCGAGGCAGAGUCUCCUGUGGGUCUGAAUUCGGGGGCCUCAGACAGCGAAACGGUGGGCCUAUCAUGCCUGCCCUUAGCUGUGUCCAUGUGUGGCGCUCUGGUGAACUCAAGGACCACAGAAGAUGAGUUGGGGGAAGCCGCUGAGCAGUGCAAUGAGGCAGACGUCUCUGAGAGCACAGAGGCAGACUCCCUGUCAGCCUUGGAAGCCAGAGAGGACAGGUCCCGUUUAGAGGAGCUUGUGGAGUCAGCGGUGUCCCAGCAGGUUGCAGAGGGCAGGCUGUCACCAGAGGGACAGCAUCUGUCUCUAGAACCUGCUGCCGCUGUCCCUCCUGCUGACCUUGCCUCCUGCGAUCGCCCAGAACCCAGCCCAGUGGAUCCUCCCGAGUUCGGCUUUGAAUACCUGCCUGAGAGCGACCAGGCCGAGCUGCUGGUUACAGACGAGGAGUUGGAUGCUUUCCUGCAGGCGCACACUGAAGCAGAGCAGGGUAGGGGGGUCUCCUGUUGCGCCACUUCUGGAGAUCAACCUGAGAGUCUGUCAGCAUUAAAUGGAGAUCUGGAGGGCAUGCUUGUGGAAGAGGAGCUGAGGAGCUGUGGUCGAGGUAGACGGGAGGAUCUAGAGGGUCUGGCUUCUCCAGAAAGUGACAGAACAAUGUGUGUGUCUGUAGAGGCGAGUUUAAACCCUGGUGCUCCAUCACUACUGCAGGACUCUUGCAGACCUUGCCAAGAAGAGCCGGAGCUCUCCUCUGGGGUAAGCCAUUCUUUGGACAGCAACACUUUCCAGUCCCAGCACAGCAGUAGCCCUGAUCAACAGCCCUCCUAUGGAGGUGCAAGACCUAAACAGCUACACUGCCAAACUGCUAGAUCUCCACCAGCAGGGGAAGAGGGAGAGGAGCAAGCACAGGCACUCCCAGGUUCCUCAAACACAGCAGAGGAUGAAGAAGGUUCACCCACAAGCCCCAUAGAGGAGCAUUCCAACAUUAGGGAUUUGAGCCCUAUGUACACCACUCAGGAGCCUCAGGAGUACAGUGUGGGGUACGAUGAACUCUCAGAGCCCCCGCCUUACCCGGGGGAGCCACCCACGGACGGUGCCCGGCCGGUGAACUGGAAGAGAGAGGGAGUGGAGGAGCUGGGGAGCAGACAGCCUGCGUGGGUGCCAGACUCUGAAGCCCCCAACUGUAUGAACUGCUACCAGAGGUUCACUUUCACCAAGAGGCGGCAUCACUGUCGAGCCUGUGGAAAGGUCUACUGUGCGGUGUGCUGCAACAGGAAGUGUAAGCUGAAGUACCUGGAGAAAGAGGCUCGUGUGUGUGUCAUCUGCUUUGAUACCAUACACAGAGCUCAGGCCCUGGAGCGGAUGAUGAGUCCUGCGGGUCCCAGUCCGAACCCCAACGUCCCAUCUGAGUACUGCAGCACCAUCCCCCCUUUGCAGCAGGCUCGCGCCGCCGGCACUCUUAACUCUCCUCCACCGACCGUCAUGGUGCCUGUGUCCGUUCUCAAACACCCAAACAACGACAGUUGUCCUCGUGAGCAGAAGCGCGUGUGGUUCGCUGACGGCAUCCUGCCCAACGGAGAGGUGGCAGACACGACCAAGCUGUCGGUGACGAGCCGCAGGAGCUCCCAGGAGUUCAGUGGUGUCACUCCAGACCAAACGACACCUGGCCCAGCAGGGUCAGAGGUCGGAGGCGGUGGCUCCUCCCCUCCCGAAGCUUCUGUGGCCGUAGAGGUGGUUCGGCCUCCAGUGUCCGGACCCUGGGAUUACGCCCUCCUCUCCGGACUCAGUUCUUCAGUGAGGAGGGUUCCCAGUCUGCUGCCAGAUAACGAGGAUGAGCUUCCUCCUCUGCUCAUCACCACCGGAGAGGAUGAAGCAGGAGAUGUUCUGGUUGAGGAAAGUCCGGCUCCGUGCCAGAUACUGCAUUUAUUAGAAGAGGGCGGACCCCGACCUCUGACAUUUGUUCUGAACGCUAACCUGCUGGUCAACGUCAAACUGGUCUCAUACGGCAGUCGGCAGUGCUGGUGUUUUGGCUCUAACGGGCUGCAGGCGCUCGGACAGAGAGAGCUGGUGUUUUUGUUGGAGUGUUUGCCAGAAGAAAAAGCUCUUCCAAAAGACCUCUUCACGCUCUAUCUCAACAUUUACCAAGAAGCCCAGAAAGGGAAGUUUUUGGAGGAGCUGGACAAUGUGACGUUCACAAGCAGUUUUCUGGGCAGUAAGGACCACGCCGGGAUGCUCUUCUUCUCACCCACCUGUCAGCCUCUAGAUGGCCUCACUCUCCCCCCUCAGCCUUUUCUGUUUGGUCUGCUCAUCCAGAAACUGGAGGUUCCCUGGGCCAAAGUCUUUCCACUCAGGCUGCUUCUACGGCUUGGAGCUGAAUACAGUGUGUAUCCCACUACAUUGACAAGCGUCCGUUUUCGGGACUCUGUAUAUCGAGAGACAGGACACACCAUCAUGAAUUUACUGGCUGACCUGAGGAACUACCAGUACAGUCUGUCAGUCGUGGAGGGCCUGAGGAUCCACAUGGAGAUGGGCCACAGCUACAUUGACAUCCCCAAAUGUAGCUUCAAUGAGAUGCAGAAGGUCGUAAACGCGUCCAACGAACACGUCAUCAGCAUCGGAGCGCGUUUCAGCUCGGAGGCCGACUCUCACCUGGUGUGCUUCCAGAACGAGGAGGGAAACUAUCAGACUCAGGCCAACAGCAUGCCUGGGAAGACCCGCACAGUGACCGGGGCCAGUUUCGUGGUGUUCAACGGAGCCCUGAAAGCCUCCUCAGGCUUCAUUGCCAAGUCCAGCAUCGUUGAAGAUGGAUUGAUGGUGCAAAUCCCUCCAGAGACUAUGGAGUCUCUGCGCGCCGCCCUGAGGGAGCAGACAGACUUUAACAUACCGUGCGGCAGGAACGACGGAGCAGAGGUCCGAGAGAACGUCACCGUCCGCUGGGUUGACUGGAGUUCACCUGUUAACGCAGGCAAAACCAGCGGCGUUGACGGGAGACCUCUGGAUGGAGUCCGCAGCGUGAGGGUGCUGCAGGACACGGAGUUUGAGUCAGACGGACGCACCAUCAAAUGCACUGAGGUCUUCUACCAGCUCAAGACUCCAGAGAGCAGCCUGGCGUCAGUGCUGUCGUCCUGCAGCGUGUUCCAGAAGGAGAUGGCUUUGGCCGCCUGCAGCGCUCUGACUCCUCACCUCUCUGUUCUCACCUCCAGUGGCAUCAACUCGCUCUCUCUUCGCAUCUCUACACAGGCUGAUAUGGUGGAGUACCAGGCCGGCUGCGGAGGCCGCCUCCUCCCUCAGCGCUACAUGAACGAGCUGGACAGCGCUCUGAUCCCCGUCAUCCACGGAGGUAGCGCUAGCGUACCACAGACUGCCAUGGACAUGGAGUUCAUCUUCUACAUCACACACACCAUCUAAUGCACACGCAGACCAUGACACACUCAAAAGUAUUGAAAUAAAUCCACUGAACAGAAGGUGGCUGAGCACAGAAAGAGGAUUGUGGCACGACGUGCUCGUAUUUUGCACAUGCGGACGUGCAGCCGGUCACAGAGGACGAGCAGCUGCUGGCACAACGUCCCCCCGCUCUGAGGUCGGGGGCGUAAACUGACAUGAUCUAUUGGUUUUCUGUGAAGGAACCGUUGUGUGUUUUGUUUGUUUCGUGCUCACCAAAGCUGCUUUAAUACAAGAAGCCAAACACUAAACAAGGAAUACGACAACAUGACCAAAAACAACCAAACUAUUCAAAACGGUUUUCUUCUGCUCUGCCUUCCAAGGCUCCCCGCCGGCCUCCGUCGGCCCGGAGCACCUCAGUGAAUGUUUCCCACAGACACUCUUAUCGAAAUGUCUCUCAUUUGGAUGUAUUUAUUAUAUUUUAAUAUGGGCUUAUUGAAUGAAAUGAUAUUAAAGCAAGGGGACGUUACUGACUGCAGUGUUCAGUACUUCAGAGGUGAUCAGGUGCUACUGUACAGUCGCUUACGUAGCCGGCCCGUUCUAAAAAAAACCCCCGAAAACACGCAGGGAUGAAAAGAAAUCUAAUUUCCUCUCAAGGUACUAUGCUUUCAUUUCAUUUGCUGGUUGAUGUUGAUACUGCACAGGAAAGACAUCGGGCCUCAUGCAAGAACCCUUUUGUAUUCCCAACCUAAACUUUGGACUUUAUUUCCUGUGAGAUUCCCUUAAAGUCCCCAAACUCUGCACAAAUUCGACUCGUUUCAACCCGGUGAUUCAGGGUAUUUGUGGCAUGUGGCAAUUAGCAAAAUGCCCCCAAAAUGUCUAUAUAAGGCAACUUGUUCUGCUCUAUUUGUUUUAUUUAUGAAGACCAAAGAAUAAAGAGAACUUCUGAAAUCAGCAGCUGAAAACACAAAGGUCAGUGGUUCCCAACCUUUUCCCUUAAGGGACUCUUUUUCUACCAUUGAGUAGAUUAUUUUAGUCAUUUUAUGGAUAUUUAAUUUUAUAUUCAAUAAUAACAAUAACAGCAGAGAACAGCUGAUAAACUGCACAAUGAGCCCAAACAGGGAACUCAGUAACUGCAGGAAGUUUGAGUAAAACCAGAGAUUUGAGCAGAUUAUUAUUAUUAUUAUUAUUAUUAUUAUUAUUAGUUUAUGAAAUGCUGAGAUAUCGACCUACUCUGUAAACAUUUCUUACACUCUUUAAAAUCAGGAAGGCCUCACGACGCCCUGUGAAGCUUUGGCGACCCCUAGUGAGGGUCCCGGCCCCCAGGUUGGGAACCACUGUAUUGGGGAACUUGAGUCGAGCUGCGCUGUGACAGAAAUAAAGAAGGUUGAGGAAGUGAAUAAAUGUGCAUGAAGUUAGAUGCUGUAAAAUGUCUGCUGGGAGCGUCGACAGUGAUGGAGAUGGAUGAGAGAAUGUUACACAGGUGUGUUUUAGAGAGUUUUCAUCCAAAAUGUGCCAAUAAAAUAUACGAAAUGUCAAAACUUACAGUAAAUUGGCAUCCAGGAUGGUGAAACGGGGAAAAGAAGCUUAUUUUUAGUUGUUUGUAGUUUUUAGAAACAUUUAAACUCCAAAAUCGAAUCUGAGUCUGGAUUUCUCGUGAAUUUCAUUGGAGAAAAUUCCAUGUUGGUGAUUGAAACAAAUUCUGUUUCCUGCAUGAGGCCCGUUGUUUGUUCGCCGCCGGCUCGUCGCUACCGGAGGACAAAUGUGGAGAGCUUCUUCUUCAUUCACAAGUUAUUUAGCUAAAAGGUGAAGCUGACGAGUGUAUUUUGUUCAGGUGUGUACGUGUUGGACGAAGCGUUUCACCGUUAAUCUCACGUUCAUUACCGCUGAUCUCCGCCUGGAUGCUCUUGAUAUUCUUCCUUUAACAUUCGUACGUUUUUGAUCACCAGUGAUUUUUCUUUACUCCAGUUAAACGAACGUAUUUUGCACAACCAGAAAAUGUCUUUACGUCAUCUCACACCUUUCUUUAAGAGUUAGCGAGUAUUAAUGUACAGGCUUUUUGAGAACUUUUAAACUUAAUAGUUUCGACAUUUUGGGAAAUGCGAUCAUUUGCUUUCUCUCCUAUCUGUUGGUUAAAUAUGCAGCCAGCAGCUAGUUAGCUUAGCAUAAAGACUGGAAGCAGGGGGGGAAACAGCUCGCCUGGCUCGGUCCAAAGGUCCAUCUGUCUGCCUGCACUUAAAGCUCACUAAUGUUUGAUUUGUACAAAAACUGAAGUGUUAAAAAGGACAAGUUACAGUUAAGCAAAUAAGCGUAUUUCCCAAAAUACUGUACAGGUAUGUAAAACCCCUCCGCAGUGGGUGCUCGGAGCUCAGCAGCCUCCUCAGAUGCUGUUCGGAGCAGAAAGUAUUUAACCACGCAGUGAGAAGCAUCAGACCGGUUUCAUGUUUCGAAUUUAUUUAAUGUAUUUCCACAGCAGCUUUAAGGCACUUUAGAACCAUUAAAACAGCUCUGAGGUGUUUCGCCGUGCGGCUGUACAGUUUUUAAACAGGUUCCUUUUGGUUUGUUUUCUUCCUCACCAGCUUCUCUUCUUUGCCACAAAAUGUACAGAACUGCCAAUUUCCCCUCGUAUGAGUGCUGUGGUCAAUAAAUGACUGAUUACAGUGGGAAUAUAAGAGCGCUGAGAGGCUCCAGUUCCUGUAAAAAUGCAACCAGGAUUAGCAUGCACCGUGUAAAGUAGCUCCGUGUUUUACAUCUCACGUUUCAGUCAGGAAUUUUUUCAGUCGGCUUUGUCCAAAUGUAUAAAAUAUAAAACUGUAUGCAUAGAGAUUUUUGUUUUUUCUUUUUCUUUUUUUAAAUAAUGAAGAGUUAUUUUUGGAAUCAUUGGUAUAAAAGUUUUAACAAACAGAAUAAGAGUUCAUAUUUUUGAUAGGACAUUAAGGCUACAUUCAUUUUGCAGUUUGUGUAGCAAGUUCCUUGAAGCACUGAGAGGAAACUAAUUAAAAACAACACUAAUUACACAGUUAAUUCCAGAAAUAAACACUAUAUCGUUUUGUCAUGAUGUGGAAAAAAAACCAUAUAUAUAUCUUAAUCCCACAAUGCAAUGCAUAAAGGUGAAUGUGCAGGUGAAAGGUGUAAAAAUCUGAAGACAAAAUAAAAGCAGCUUUACACUCUC